UUAAAAUGUCGCCCACAGUUGUGAAAAAAUGAAGUGAUUUCCGAAAAUUGUUGCUAAAUUACUAAACAAAAGAACAGGAGGAUGACUUCAAGUUGCACCUGCCUCUCCUCGUGACAAGAAGAAAGAAGACGCCCGGUGGCUCCCGCAAGCAGAGUUUUGACCACCUGGAGGUGAGCUUCACCAGAAGCAAUAGGGGUAACAACUUGCUGACCAUCGAUGGGAAGCCCUUCACCCUCAAUCGUCGGAUCAAGGAUGUGUGCUACUGGGAGUGCGUCAAGCUGCGCUGCAAGUACAUCAAGUGCUCCGCCCGUGUGGUGACCAAAUCCAAUCGGAUCUCGGCACUGAGCGGGCUCCACAACCAUCCCUAAGUUACGAACUACCUGUGCCAUCUCAUUAGUCUAAUAAAGGUGUUUACGUUGAAUCAGUUUAUAUCUUCCGCCUCUCCUAUCGUUGUUGAUUCUAUAGUGUCCUUGCGCAACUCAGGACGCCCUCUGACUAAUCUCUUUCAAUUCUUGCAGCAUGCUACCAACUGGUGCCCAAUCGCCGCGGUGGGAAGAACCUCAUCUUCCAGGGGCACAUGUACUCCGUGGAGCGCAAGUACCGAAACAGCAUCAACUGGGUAUGUUCCAAGAACAGCAACAGCGUGCUUCGCUGCCCGGCGAGGUGCGUCACAAAUCCGGAGAGUGGCAAUGGCAUCAAGCUGAGCCACCGACGCCACAAUCAUCCGGCGGAUGCCUUUAAGCCCCACAAGCGCUGUCGAAAGCGUCCCGGCGAUCGAAAGUAACAAGUAACCAUGUUUCAGGAUGCAAAGCAUGCAGGCUUCGGCAAUUAUUUUCGCCACAGUUGUGUUUGCCGACGGAACGGAGUUACGAUAAUCGAUGGCUACCGCUUCGUGAUCGGUACUACAAAUCUGCGUCGCACCUAUCUGAAGUGCGCCAACUUUCGCAGCAACUGCCGGGCCCGGGCCAUUCUUAAUACGGAUACGAACAAAGUGCGGAUGAGGCACGACCGCCAUAAUCACUCCCGUACGGAUGCUGUGAGCGGACGUAUCUCUAAGAAGUAGCAGAUAACUCGAAAAUAGCGCAGUAUGUGCGCUCCAACCGAGGAACCGAUCUCGUUUACCACGAGGGAAACACCUACACACCCAAUGAAAAGCUGAGGGAGGGACAAAAGAGUCGAGACUGGAAGUGCUCAAUGUACCAUAAGGCCAAGUGCCGGGCCCGCCUGGUUACUCGCAUUACCGGUGGAGGGGAUAUUAUACACGUGACCAGCAACCUGCACACACAUCCCACAAUGUACACCACGCAGAAAACGGACAUUAGCGUGGUUGACCAGAAACUGUGCCUCGAAAGGAAUCCACUCUGCGUUAACACUCGAUCGAUUAAAAUGUAGAUCAAGACAUCUUUCGACAUUGCGCCAUCUCCCAGUUGAGGCCAUAUUUGAUGCGGACGGCAAACAGAUGGACUUCAUACCCAACAUUCGCGUCAUCCGAAGUCAGCGGAAGACCAUAAAGCUGAUGUUUAAAAAAUAUGCCUACUCGAAGACCAACGAGCACGAUACCACAACCUACUGGCACUGCCGAAGUCGUCGCAAUGGAAGGCCUGCGUGCAAGGCCCGGUUUUCCACCAAGAAGCUCAAGAACGAAAGCAGCGUGGCGAUCUACUCGGCAACCUCCCGGGGACGAAUGCAACUGAUUUACGGCGGACAGCCAUUCAUCUUCGAGAAGACGCUGAAACUGUCUUCGGGAGAGGAGAAGCGCUUCUGGCGCUGCAACCAAUGGUGGAACCAAAAGUGUCGCUCGCGCGUCUUCACCAUCAACGACGUUGUCUGUCCGCUUAACCGAUUCCACACGCACGAGGAGAUCGUGCGGCGAAAGAAGCGAGUGCGCCGCGUGCCGCCGGUGGAGACGAUUGCCAAGGUGGUUGCCACAACACCCAGGCAUCCGCAGCAUCAACAGACAACCCAGCAGCAACAAGAGAUUCAGCUGACCAGCGAUGCAAUUGCUGGAGCAAUACUGGAUGAUGAAUCCCCAGCUACAAUCGAUGUCAGCGAGCUGGGGAUGCACCUGAAAUACGAAGAAAUCGUAGCGGAUGUCACGGGCAUUGUGGGCGGCACGCGAGUGGUCAGUCGCCGAAAGUGAAGAUUGCUUUUUAUUUUCUGACGUAAGAUCGCAGAUUCAGAUUCCUUCUUUGUAAAAACUCAUGCUUUGAGUUUUCAUUUUUGAACUUGCCACGUCGAAAACCAAGAGCCGAACAGUUUUGAUGAAUUUAAAAAGGCUAAGCACAACCACUAGCCAAUAAAUACAAUUUUUAUUAUUAUUUUAAGGACAUAUUUUUAAAACUCUUUUUAUUAAGCGUAAUAUUCCAAGGUUUCCUCCCCCAUUUGUAAAAUUUGAUAAAUACCCCAUGAUUUCCUUUGACAUUUUGGAGUUGUUUAGAAUAAAAUCUGUUCCUUCUGUUAUGCCUUUGUUCAAACAAAAUUGACCUAGCCUACUCCCAUAAUUAUUAAUACAAAACUGCGUUUAAGAAGGCGGACAAGCUAGCUAUUAUGAUACAGCUUAUAAACAAUUUAUUAUGUGUACAUUUAAUAAACGU